AUGAAAGCAAGAAGAAGUGUUCGACAAUUCAGUACAUCACCAAGUGAUGGAAAUAGACAGCCAUGGAAAUUUUGUAUUGUUGGUAAUGUUGGUUUGAAAAACUGGAUUAGAAAAAUUGUUGAACAAGAAGAACAAAGAAUUUAUAGUCAAAGGAUGGGUGCAAACUGGGUUGUUAACAUUGAACAACUCAAAAAGCAUUGGUCAAAGCCAUACCUUACUGAAGCACCUUUUUUGAUUGUCAUUUUGUGCCAGGAACAAAUUACGGACAGUGGUUUGUCAUUACAGUUUGGAGAAAUAAGUGUCAGUAUUGCAACUGGACUUUUAAUUGGAGCCAUUCAAAAUGCUGGCCUUGGGUCUGUAUGCACAUUACCUUAUGGUAGUGAUAACCGAAUUCGAUUACUUUUAAAUCGUCCAAAAGAUGAGAAAGUUUUAAUGCUACUGUCGAUUGGUUAUCCUUCAAAUGAUGCUACAGUCCCCGAGCUGAAGCGUAAGCCUUUGGAAGAAAUUAUUAAAUGUUACUUAUAG